GGCUAAUCAUCAACUAGUCAGUUUCUCAAAUAUCCCAACCUGUCCUGCAGUUAAUCCCACAAUUUCCACAAACAGCCUAUACUGUCACAUCUUAAUCCCAACCAUGACAAUCCAUCGCACCGUCUCCCCCUCCACCCACCUCUCCUAUCUCACCAACAUUCCCACUCCGUCCCGCAAUGCGCCGAUCAAGCGACUCUCCCUGAUGAUCCACGGCUGGGGCUGCCAGGCAACCCACUACAUCCCUUUGAUCACCCAUCUCGCCUGCCACGGCCUCACCCCCGAGUCUGGAGACCUCUUCAUCGCCCUGGACCUCCCCGGACACGGCCAAUCCCCCAAAUCUGCCCUCCCCGAGCCCGAAAAAGGUGGGAUCGCCAAGCUGAUUCUCCAACUAUGCGCAGAGGUUCUCGAUUCGUUCGGUCUGCAGCAUAAUCAGACCGAAACGGUCAUCUAUGCACAUAGCAUGGGCAUCUUCAUGGCGUUGGAGGUGUACUCCAGUCUCGGGAAUGUAAUUUCUCAUGCUAUCUUGUCGGAUGGCGCUCAUUCGAGGGAUUCAGCACCGGAGGGGUUUGAUUUGGAGAGAAUCCGGGAACAGGCGGUGCAGUAUAGAGAGGUGAUUCAGGAUCGGCUGAAUUUGUAUUUUGGGCCGCGGACGUCGAAGGCGUUCGAAGAGCAGACGAGGGAGGGGUUUGCGAGAUUGGAUUUUGAGUAUGCGCUGCGGAUGAGUUAUUGGUACGGGGGAUUUGAUGCUGGGCUUGCGAAGGUGCUUGAUGGUUUGGAAAAAAGGAAUCGGGAAGCGGUGGGAGCGGGUUUGAACCCGACCAAGGUGUUGCUGAUUCAGAGUCAGGAGGCACAGGGAUCAAAUGGAAGACACGGAAUUCAAAAGGGGGAUGUGACGGAGUAUAUGAAAUUCGUUCGCGCGCAUCUCUCAGAAAGGUGGCUGCAGGAGUGGGUUGUCGAGGGAACAGGGCAUUACCCGCACGCUGAUGAUGUCGAGGAAGUUGGCCCUGUGAUUGAAGGAUUCUUACGGGACUAAUCACUUCACGACCUACAUGAGCUAUGGAACCUUAGGGUGACUGACUAUUCUAAUUAUAUGUCAUCUAGCCAAAGUAAAUGGGGGCAAACAUGCAGCA